AUUGAAUAGAGACGAUUUCAAGUCUCCAUUUUGUGAGUCUUGCACGGUUUAAGUGGAUCUGAUGAUUCUAAAUCUCUGAAUAUCUGUAUUUUUUUUAAACCAAUCACGAAUCAGUCAGAUUUGAAUAGUUUUAAAAAAUACUUUUCAGUUAGAAAUUUUUAAUAUGGAAAAGCGAACAAAAAUAAGUUUAUGUAUUACGAUUAGCGGAGUGGUCGUUCUUAUUUUAGGAGUUCUUUUGGGAUGGGUCGUAUUACCAUUUGUUAUAAAACUUAUGAUCGAUAAGGAAGCCAAAUUGACAAAUGGUUCAAUGAUCUACGACAAAUGGGUGGAUAUUCCUCUGCCCGUAAAUAUGCACGUGUAUGUUUGGCGUGUCGUAAAUAUUAAUGAUUACGUUGGGUCGAACUGGACUACGAAACUAGUUAUGGAAGAGGUCGGACCCUACGUGUACAGCGAAAAGCGUGUAAAAUAUGACAUAACAGCCCACCCGGAUCGGGACACGCUCUCUUACAGACAGAACGUUACGUACACAUUUGUCCCAGAAUUGUCCGUUGGACCAGAAACGGAUGCGAUCGACAUUUUAAAUGCUCCUUUGAUUGCAGUGGCCACAAUUUUGCUCACGAUCCCCGAGAAAUAUCUUCCCCUGCCGCACCGAUCUUUCAUCGAGAUCUUGAUGGGACCGUUAAGUGGGGAAAAGUUUAUCAGGAAAGGGGUCACAGUUCACGACAUCCUUUUCGGCGUGAGGCUCAACUUCAUCUACGACAUUGUUCUCAACCUGGUGGAAUUAAUUCUUGGUGACUACAUCACGCUUCCCCCCGAGUUGCAGAACGUUGGGGGACGAGGAUGGCAGUUUGGACCUUUCGUGAAUAAAAAUGGAACGAAUGCUGACGGACUUUGGGAGAUUUACAGCGGGGUGAAAGACAACAGCAGGAUCAACCAGAUUCGAUCGGUGAAUGGCAACGAGACCAUCGGGCAAUACUGGAACACGCCGGAAUGCAAUAAAGUGAAAGGUUGCGAUGGCAUGUUUUUUCCUCCGUAUGUCAAAAAAACGGACAGAUUAUACGUCUAUGCGACGGAAGCGUGCAGAUCGGCCUGGGCAGCAUACCAACAUGAAUCUGAGUUCAUGGGGGUUCCCACGCUUCGAUUUUCUGCAACGAGAGAACUAUUCGCACAUCCGGAUGAAUUUCCAGAAAACGCGUGUUACUGCGUCCCACCAAGACCACCGUUAGAUCCGGCCUGCGCCCCCACAGGGGUUGUGAGAUUGAGGAGUUGCAAAACUGGUGCGCCCGUGGUUGUGUCAAAACCUCACUUUCUUGACGCCGAGGAAUUUAUAAUUAAUGGAGUUGCUGGUAUGAAGCCUGACAAGGAAAAGCACGACACAUAUUUGGAUAUCGAACCAACCCUUGGCGUCCCUUUGAGAGGAGUUCGACGAGUUCAAGUAAAUGUCGAAACUCAACCGUUUCAAACGAUGGGAGAGAUGUUUAAAACGCUCCCAUUUAGUUAUAUCCCCAUCUGCUGGGCAGGCGAGGGCGCUGAAAUGAAUGAUGAGCUUUACGAUCUGUUGAACUCCAUGUACUUGACGCCUCUAAAAAUAGCCAAGAUUGGCCGAUGGACCGCUGUGGGGUUAGGAAUCGUAGGGACGCUGGGAGGAGGAGCCGCUCUAGGAUAUUUUACAUGGUGGUUGAAGCGAUAAGUACAAAUUGAGAUAAGUGAGAUUUACAUAAGUGUGAUUGUGACUUCUUACUGUGGAAAUAUAUGCAUAAUAAUUCUGACAUAUUUAAAUUAUGCAUAUUUUUACUAAUUGUCAAGAUUCUGCUGCAUAUUUAUACUGAAUUAUUAAGAAAAUACAUAUCUAUUUUUCAAAAUAA